AUGUCGCUCAAUGGUCUCGAUGACGCCAAAGUGGUAGAAGCGCACGAGGCUGCCAAAGCCGAACCUGGUGGCUGGUUUCUUCUAAAGUACGAGAGCCGAGAUGAGAUUCAAGUUCUUAGCCGCGGAAAUGGUGGAAUAGUCGAGGUGCGCAACACUAUUGCCGAAUAUGAUGAGACGAGUCCUCUAUACGGCUUCUUGAAAUAUCGGAGGAGGAGCGUGAUUAUCAAAUACCUGCCCGAGGAUUGCUCAAGGAUAAUUCAAGCUCGCGUUGCAGUACACUUCAACGCUGUUUGCGAAAGAUUUUCUCCCUACGACACCAUCUUCGAAAUAACAACUGCUAGCGAGCUGAAAGACACGAAACUUUCUGCAGCAUGUUCUUUGCACACCGCCUCUUGCUCAACUUCAUCAUCUACAAGCUCUUUGCGUCGGAGACGACUUAUGGAGAUCGCCGAGGAGGAAGAGGAAGAACAGCGAGCCACGAAACGCCAGUCCGUGCAAGACGCCGACGGAACCAGACCACAAUCUCCUGCCGAUCGACCUUCAACAGCUGAGCCCGUUACACUGAACUCGGAGCUCGCAUCUUCUCCCGAGAAUAGCAAGUUCGCUGCGUCGACGACUUCUGAAGUUCCCCCGUUUGUUGGCGUCGACCAACGCCCUACUUCGCCCGAGACUGAUUUGUACACCUAUGGCUCAUACCCAUAUAGCAAACAAAAAGUGAAGUUAGGCCCACGCCCUUCAGUUGAUGCCAAUGGUAGACCGCAAACUCCGGGAAAUUUUCGGCCAGUGUCGGCUAUCCCUGCUGGGUUCAAGAUGUUUGGUAAAGGUGGCAAGAAGGGCAAGGGCAGGGACCGAGGAAACUCUCUCUCUUCACCCCAAGAAGAGAUUGCAAGCCUCAAUUUCUCGGUGGCCGGCAACCCUGCUACGGACGAUGGGUUGGAGAGACCAGUUACUAGCUCCGGCUUAUCCAUUAGCUCGUUACCAUUGCCUGAAACCACGCCAAAGAAGCCAACGAUUAGCCGGGAGAAGGCCAGGUUGAUGAAAGCUAUGCAGUUGCGAGAGAAGAAGAAGAAACUGAGCAUGCAGCCGCCCCUCGACGACGGCCCCAAAGAGAGUGAGGAACUGAAGAAUUCUGUGGAUGACGACACUGUGCAGGAACAGGACGAGGCAAUAUCCUGCUCUGAACUCGAGCCAGAGAAAGACAAGCGCAUUUCCCUGAGUAAGGACGACUCUGGUGUCAUACUGGAGACGGUGACUCCGAUGGUGACUGUCGACCAGACUUCGGAUCUGACACCCCUAGAUUCUCACCCGACAAGCCCUCUUAUUGGUUCCUCCGAGGCGGAUCAUUCUACGAAAGCUUCGUCCAUUUCCGAGUCGACGGAUGAAACCGUCCAAGCAAAAGAAGAGGACCAGCCAUCGGAAGUGGACGAUACGCAUGCCCAUACACCAACUGAGAACGACUCCAAGGAAGAAUCGGUUGCCAAUAGUGGUUCAGCUGGAGAUGAGAUUAUUUCUCUUGCGGAUGACACAGAAAAUGAAGACACCCCCCAAGAGCAUGAGAGCGUAACUGAAAACUUGGACGACGCCGCUGGUGGCCCGACGACAAUAGUUGCAGAUAUUGCUGUGGAGCCUGAGGACGCCCCUGAAGAAACUGCCGAGGAACAGCUUAAUGAGCGAGAUAGCUUAGAGAACGUUGCAUUACCGGUCUCUAAGUUCUCAGCUAAUGUUUCUCCAAACCCCAAUGACAAUAAGCAACAUCUUCCUACAUCCUCAACGGAGGAACCUGUCCCAGAACCAACUGAUCCCGGUGUCUCGUCAAGAAAAGUUGAUGACUCUCCCGCGUUGAAAUCAAAAGUUUCAGCACAGGAUCUUCUUGCCGCCGCAAAAGCAGCUUCUCAACCAACUGUCGUACCAGUCCCCGUCAUUCCGGAAACCUCUCUGACGUCGACCUCCAAAACGGACAACCUAGAGAAGCUUGACCAGAGUGAAGAAUACAAUGCCAAACUACAGCAAACACAGGACGAGCAGGUUAAGCGCAAAGGGCAAGUUAUGCCCAUACAAACAACGAAUCUGCAAGACGAGGGAGAUUUUGAGGAUGAGCUGCAGGACGCAACUCUGGAGCAAGCUACGCCGGUGACGGUCAUCCAGACUCCCGUCACCCCCAGCUUUCCUUCGAGUCCUUUAAAGACGCAGGAUAGCCACACAGUUAGAACGGUAUCGAACCCUGUGCGUGGCAACCUCAUAGUCCCGUCAGACGUCAGCCAGUCAUCAGCGAGGUCCAUGAGCUCUGGCGCUGCCUAUUUGCACCAGAUCACUCAACAACAGCAAGCUGGUAACUUGGUCAAGAAGUCCAAUAUUGGCUCAAGCAUUUCUCAACGAAUCAAGGCCCUCGAGAAGCUUUCUGCAUCAUCAGGGGAUGCACCAGCAGUGCCGACGAGAGAACGGCCGUCGUCAACCUUUUUCGCCGUGAAGAAGCGAGAGCCAUCCAAAUCACCAUCCGUUCUAGACAGGGCAAACUCUUUCCGAAACCAAACUCCUCCAUCGCCGGAACGAACUGUAGAAUCUUCGCCAGAAGCAAACAAGCGAAAUCGUAUUGAACGAUCAGGCUCAGUAACUAGCCGUCUGUCCAUGUUUGAAUCAUCUCCAGGGUCACGAAGCCUUGCCGUGCCGAGCGGAAACUCUACACGUGGCCGCCCCGAAUCUGUUUCUGUUACUGCGCGUAUCAUCCGUGACCCAAACCAAGCCGGACAAAUGAGCUUCGAGCCCUCUCGGGACCUUUCUGAGUAUAAUCCUCUCGAGCUGAAACAGUCACCACUUUUGGUGAACCACCAGGCCGCCUCUCCGGGAAAAGAGCAGCCCAUUGUCGAGCCGCCAACAGAGCGCAUAACCGAAACACAGGAGAACGGCAAGUCAGGCAAGUCUCGACAGUCGUCUCUCAGCAUUGUGAAAGGCUUCAUGAAGGAAAGACGUAGGUCGGUGACUUCGGACGCCGGAAACCCCGCGUAUUCGCCAACUCGACCAGAUACAAUGCACACAAAUUCUGCCUUCUCACCCCGGCUGUCUAUUAGCAGCCACCGCUCAUCCUUCAGUAGGGACCGUGAUAUUGUCAUAUCACCUACAGAUUCGGGAUCCGGAGACGAUAGCAAGUCAACUAAUGGAGACAAGAAGCUGUCUCGGGCUGGUCGUUUCAUGCGACGCCUGUCCAAUCUCUCUGGUUCGCGUUCCAAGAACAACCUCUCCGCCAUAUCAACAUCCACAACCAAGGAGGAAAUCCAAGAACCUAUUCAAUCGCGCCCAUCAACAACUGGAACGCCUACUAUUGUGUCGUAUAUGGGAGACGUGAAUGUUCAGUUCCCAGACAACCUCCUGUGGAAGCGUAGGAAUAUGAGCCUGGAUUCUCAAGGUUUUCUCAUCCUGAGCGCGCUACCUGCUCAAAAUGGCCGACCUGCCCAAGGGACGAAGCGAUACCACCUCAGUGAAUUCCGCAGCCCCUACACCCCAGACGUGGAGGUGCAAGAACUUCCCAACAGCGUGGUUUUAGAUUUUAUUGAAGGCUCAGGCAUUCAAGUUGCAUGCGAGGAUCGCGCUGGACAAUUGAGAGUGUUGCACACUCUUCAAGAAGCCCAUGCCACCCGCGGCACCACCUAUGCGCUCUAA